GUCCGUAGGUGUUGUCAGCGGACCUGUCUGAAGCCCCAGGUCCCCUCUGAAGGUUUGCUUAUUGAAACAUUGUUGCACACCGCUGCUGAACAGAAGACGUCAGCUCGGUUUGGGUCGUGCACGAGCGGUUCAAAGUGGCCACAUUGCCGCCUGCUCAUUGUCGGUGUGACGGGCCUGUUUAGAAAACAAGAGCUCGCGACCUGCGGCUUCAUCUCGAGCUUCAUCUGCAGCUUCAUCUCCGUCCGAUGGAGCUCCUCGGCUUCGUGUGCGCCGCGCUCCUGUGCGCUGCCGCGGUGCACGGUAAGCCCACGUUGAGGAAAGACCGAGUUAUUCACGACCAAGAACUGGGCAGGCAAGCCCACGAAGACAAUACGAGCUUCCAAUACGACCAUGAGGCCUUUCUCGGCAAAGAGGAAGCCAGGACAUUUGACCAGCUCACUCCCGAGGAGAGCAAGGACAGGCUCGGUAAUAUAGUGGACAAGAUAGACGGCGACGCGGAUGGCUACAUCACCACGGAUGAACUCAAGGCUUGGAUAAAACGCGUGCAGAAGCGUUACGUCUAUGAGAACGUGGCGAAGGUGUGGACGGACUACGAUCUCAACAAAGACAACAAGAUUUCGUGGGAUGAGUACAAGCAAGCCACAUACGGAUACUACCUCUCCAACCCGGAGGAGUUUGACGAAGCAACAGAACAGUUUAGCUUCAAGAAGAUGCUGCCCCGUGAUGAGAGGAGGUUUAAGAGAGCUGAUCUGGACGGGGACCUGGCAGCCGACAGAGAAGAGUUCACAUCCUUCCUCCACCCUGAGGAGUUUGAACACAUGAGGGACACAGUGGUCCUGGAAACCUUAGAGGACAUUGACAAGAACGAAGACGGACACGUGGAUGAAGAUGAGUAUAUUGCCGACAUGUUUGCCCACCAGGACGGGGGUCCGGAGCCGGACUGGAUCAAGACCGAGCGGGAACAGUUCUCUGACUUCCGAGACUUGAACAAAGAUGGUAAGAUGGACCAGGACGAAAUCCGCCACUGGAUCAUGCCACAAGACUACGACCACGCCAAAGCUGAGGCGAGACAUCUGGUGUAUGAGUCUGACCAAGACAAGGACCAAAUGCUGACCAAAGAGGAAAUCCUUGAAAACUGGAACAUGUUCGUUGGAAGCCAGGCCACCAACUACGGAGAGGACCUCACCAAGAACCACGAUGAGCUCUGAGCUCUCACUGCGGUUUCUGUGUGUGUGUGUGCGUGCGUGCAUGUGUGUGUGUGUGUAUGUGUGAAAGGAGGGUUGGUGAACAUCUUUGUUUUCAAAGACCCAAGUUUGACUCUUGCACCUUCUCCGAUCCCCGCAACCACCUCUCCAUCCAUUCCUUUUAGCAGCGGGACCGAUGUCAGAGUGUUGGGUUGUAAGUCAACACUGUAGAUGCCGAACAGGAGGGAUCAGGGUUGGUCGGACCACUAACACUAAGGGGCCGUCUCGGCUCGGUUUCUGACACUCAGGAGCAAAUCCGGACACGGUGGACUUCCCUCUUCAUCCACGGUGCCUUCCAGCCGCAUCGCCGGCUUCACUGCCUCAGAGAUCUGUGUAGAUAGUCUUCUAAUGAAACCUGUCCAAGCUUAAUGCCAAGCUUUUGAUAGUACUGUUAAUGUGAAACUACAGCGCAGAACAUUCAUUCUGUUUUAUUUAUUUAUCAAAUCUCUUUUGUACUUUGAGUUCGAGAGGAGUACAGCAAUUUUUUUUAUUCUUUAUUCACAAAUUCUGAUUUUGUUUACAUUUUCCUGGCCACAUGAUUUGAUGAAGAUUGGUUGUUUUUGGAUUAGUUAAGUGCUUUAAGAAAUGUUUAUUAAUUGAUAAUUAAUGGCACGGUAUUUGCACAUGUUUGGAUUAAGUGUAGCCUGUGAAUCUUGCUUCUUUUUUUUUUAAAUGUAUUUAUUAGUAUAAUUAGGCCAACAGUAUGCUCCCCUUUACAUUUCAUUUACCUCAUGUUACAUUUGAGCUUCUUCCUUUUACUAUUUUAGAUGAUGAUGAUGUUUUUUUUAGUUUGACUAAGUAUCUCCACCUGCUACAUAACUCAGAGGUCAUAUUUUUGUAUUCGCUGUACAAAUGUAUUUCCUGUCCAUCUGGCAUUGUAUAUGCAGUAUGAACCUAGUGUUCUGCCAUGUCUGGUUUUUAAAUCCUAUGUUCUAUAUUUCUUAAUGUGUACUCCGUAUAAACCCGCAUAGAGGUAUGCAACUUGUGAAAAGAUCAAAUUCUGAUCACAUUGUAUGUGUAUAUUAUAUAAUCAAAUUCAUGUCAUUUGGCCUUUUCUUUCUUCUUUUUAUCUGUUUGUUUCUGUUGUUGUUUUUUGUCCCAAACCUCAUGGCUUUCAGAGUCCACAACACAAAUGGGCCCAAACACAUUAAUAAAACUACAUUUCCACACUGAA